AUGGACAUCCCAACAGGCCAACAGAGACCAUCAUCCUCCACCAAAAACACUUACUCGGAUUCGGAAAUCGCCAAACUACUCUUACUCGAAUCUCAAACAUACACUGGAAGCGAUAAUUCAAUCCUCACAGGAAAAGCAUUGAAGACGAAUAAAAGAUUUCUCAAGUCGGUGAUUCGAAACGUGAAUGAUCAUAACAGAUUACUCGAAAGGAGGUCGGAAAGUUCGCUGACUCCAACACGGACAGUAAAUGAACAAGAGAGACGCAAAUCUGGGCGUGAGGACGAGCGCAGAAGAAGGGAUCCAGAACCAGAUCGUCACAGCAGCCGUAGUCGACAUUCAAGCUCGCAUCAUCAUCACACGACAUCGGGAGGGACCAGAGACUCAGGCUCUCGUGUUUCCUCGAGACCUUCCGAGCUCAGUCGCAGUCACACCCACCAUAAUUCUUCUUCUACCGAUCGAGAAAAACGGAGAAGAUCUGACAGCAAUAGGGAUCUCAACGAAGAGGAUCAUCCUGAAGAAGAGCGGAGACGUGUAGAAAAAGAGAAGAAAAGACGCACGCGCGACAGAGAUAGAGAAGAUAUACCCCAUUCAUCACACUUGAGUGAAGGUUCGGCUGGAAGAGCGCGAAAGGUUGAGGGAAGGCUCUACGAUCCAGUGAAUGAAGGAGGAGGGCAUCAAUCCCCAGCAGGGGAUGUCGCCUUGCCUAUAGGAUCGAAGAUGGACAAGUACUUUGCGGCGGGCUACGAUCCGCGAUUGGAUGUCAAUCUGGACGAUAUAACCAACCCUCAGACGGGAAUAAUUGAAGGUGGAAACUACGAUGAUUGGGAGAUCAUCCUUGCUCAAAUGAAGGCUAAACGCGAUGAACGAGCCAGAGAGAAGGAGCGCAAGUUGGAACUGAAGCUGCAUGCUGCUCAGCGUAAACUAAGGAAGAGCGAGAAGAAGGAACACCACAGGAGCCUCAAGAGUCGUAGCAAAGGGAAGAGAUCCAAGGAUGCCUCGGAUGAUGAACUUGAUGACCUUGAUCGAGAGAGACGCAGACGGAAGAGAAAUGAGAAGAAAAAGAAGAAGGAAAGACGGGACCAUUCGGCGUCCAAAACUGAUCAAGACAACAUCGACGACAACGAUCGAGAGAAACGUCGACGCAAGAAAGGCAAACAACGGAAUUCUAAACCAGGCUCGGAGUCAGACUCUUCUUCCUCCUCAUCUUCAGACAGUCAUUCCAGUAGCACAUCCUCCUCAUCUAAUGACCAUUGUCGCCGUCGGCAUCGCGAACCGUCUGGCAAAGACCGGUAUGAUACGAAGUCGGCCGGCUUGAUCGCGUUCAAUGGGUUCUCUAAACUUGGAACGCUUCGGGAAUGGGAUCGCGGGAAACCUUCACCUACAUAA